ACAAAUAACACCACGGAGCAAGAGAACAAAUAACAUCGCGGAACAUGAGAACAAACAUCACCAUCUUCAAAUACCACGGCUAAUUGCUGCGAACGCGUGGACAAGCCAAGCAAAAAAUGAAAAAAAAAAGCGAUUACCACACCACAUAAUGUCAAGCAGCACAAAAAAAGAAGAUUGAAUCAAACCUCCACAUGAAUAUAAUUUACCACAUAAUCCUUACUACUUUCAUCCUGAAAUCCCUCAAUUUUAUUCGCUGGGUUGUGCAGUUAUAUGCGUGUGCGAACCACGCGGAACGCACGCUCACGUUCACACACGCUGGACCGUACACACGCGGGAACGUGCAUUCACACACUCACACACUUGCAGGAGAGUGGGAGCCAGUGCACGCCACCAAGCAAGGCAGUUACUCACUGGAUACCGACGCGCACACUAGCGUCUGUGCGCUCGUGUGAGUGUGUGAGCGCGCGGGAAGGAGAGCCAGCAAGUUCUGCGAGACGUAAGAUAUUCAGUAGUGGUUAAAAACUGCUUAUGACAAAAUAUGUGCGUUCAGUAACUAACGAAAACACUACCAACAAAAAAGUCAUAUAGAAAACUGUGUUUAAAAAAGCAGUAAACAGAGGAAUAAGACUAUCAUAUCUAAAGAUUACGAGACGCAAACAUUGACACAAGGCCCGUGGACGAGACGCAAACAUUGACACAAGGUCGUGAAGCAGAAUUAUACAAAUGGAAUAAUUAAAAAAAAAACUGUCUUUGCGUAACCUCGAGUGAAGAAACAUGUGUGAAUCCGAGCCUCACGGAGCCCCGGUCUCCAGCGGGUCACCCAACGUCGAGAGGCUCGAUGCUUCGAGCCCCGACCCGGAGGAGGCUCCGGCCAGCCCCAGAGACUCCAUACUAACCAAAGACUCUGAAGAUGGAAACCAAAAUGCGGCAGAGACGACGGAGAGAGAGACCGCAGGCUUCCCUGGCGGACCUAACGGAGAUGCGAGACCUCGUCGGGAUUCCACCGAGGCCAGAGAGCCUCCUCUGCUGGCUCCCGGGACAUCGAAGGACUCUUUAGCCGAAGAAUCGGAUGAGAUCGAAGGGGUUGAUCCCUUCAGCGUCAAGACAAACGAUGCGGUGGACUCUCGUCUCAGCCGUCAACUCUCCAAUAGACGAGGGUCCAAAACUGUCAACUUCAAGGAGCCCGAAGUGGAGGGCGCCCCGACGCAGAAUGGGUCUUCGCCAGCGUCCUCCAAGGGAGGAGAGCCCCUGGAGGAGGAGGAGGAGGAGGAGAAGAACGAGAAACACUCCAAUAAACAGUGGACGCUGGGGGAAGGCAACCCCGUCUAUCGCCUGUCCAUGAAACUCUCGCCAAACCUGUUCAACUUGACGGAGAUCCCGGGAGCCAGCCAGCACCGGGAGGCGGAGAAGGCGGGGUACCUGACCAAGCUGAGCGGGCGUAGCUUCCCCUACAUCCCGCAGUGGAAGCGGCGGUACUGCGUCCUGGCCAAGGGCAGACUCUACUACUACGAGCGCGAGGACAGCAAGUCGGGAGAGAAGGCCAACGGUGUCAUCAACCUCGAGUACUUCGACCACGUCGCCGAGGCCGCGCCGAAGGACUGCAAGAAAGCCACUAAUGUCUUCGUCAUCACCUCGCAGGACCGAAGCUUCUUCGAUCCGGGUCGGCACCUCUUCUCAGCGGAGUCUCUGCCGGACAUGAAGGAUUGGGUCAAGAAGUUACAGGCAGCGCUGGAACAAAUACGAAACAACAAUCGACCUGCGAUAUCGACCUCCACGAAGGAGAGCAUAAAGAGGAGGAAGGAGGAGAACCUAGAGAACAAGGAUAAAGGCCAGAAUAAGGAGAAUCAACAAGGCGUCGCCAAAGAGAAGAAGAAGAAAAAGACGGAAGAAUCCCAUCGAUCUCGCAAAUCAGGCGUGUCCUCGGAGAUGCAGACCCAGACAGUUGAGUCAACAUCAGUGACAUCAGGACAGGAGGCAGAGUUGCAAAUGAUGACAUCAUUGAAAGGAGGUGUACAACUGCCAGGACUAACAUCACACAAGGGCAUUCAACUGCCUGGACUUUCAGCCAAGAAAGAGCUGCAGGAUGCAAAAGUGACAGAGACUUCUGAAGCAAACAAGGAGGAGCUGCCCAUGUCUGGUCCGACACUGCUCUGUGUCACAAAACAGCGGGUGAAAGGGCCACAAGGUCGACGUGCACCACAGAACCAUCGGCGCACCUUGGCUGCUAAUGCACUCAAGAAGCGAGCCAGUUCCCUCUCGGCGCUGGAGUACCAAGACCUCAAUGACAACAGCGAGGAGCCUUGGCUAAACCGCUCACUGGACGUGCUGGAAGACGGCGGAGCUGGCGGGAAUGAAGCCCCCAGCGGGGCGGGGUCAAGGCCCACCCUCCCCUACAAGGCCUACAACUACUCCUCAGACGACGACAACAUCGACGACGAUGGCGACAUCUCCCACUCUGAUUCCUUCCCCAACUCGGCCUCGGGGAUGCUGCCGCCGCCUCCGCCACCUCCGCGUUCCGCCUCCUUCGGUCUGGAGCUGCGCCAGAACCCGCCCCUGGGGUCGGCAGAACUCCGGUCUCUACACAAUUCUCUGGGGGACGCACGGGGCUCGCAGGGGGAUUUAGGAGGACCUAAACGUUCGUUGAGUAACGGUCGGAUUUACGGUAUGGUGGGAGAGUGGCAGCAGGCGUCAUGGGGCGGCUCCAGGAGUUCUCUCAGACACAAUGGAGAUGUGACCGGUAGAGCCUCGCCUGUCAUGGACGACUUGGACAACAUGCUGAUGAAUCAGAGUAUCCAGCAUACCAGCGGCAUCAUGGACUCGAGUGAUGCCGGCAGUGAGGGCAGCACUUGCCGUGCAGUCGAUCAGCCUUACCAGCAGCAUCAGCACCGCCGCUACCAGCAGCACCAGCGGCCGCAGCAGCAGCAGCAGCAGCAGCAGCAACAGAAGCAGCAACAGCAGCACCUAGAACGGAAAAAGUCCCAUGAUCUCAGCCGAUUUGCUACCGCUGUUCGCCACCUGCAGCGACACGUCGUUGAAGUCGAUCGUGCCGUGUUCAACAUAACAAGCGACAUUGCAGACACGCGGCAGGAAGUGACAGCACUGAAGGAGGCCGUGCUGGCGUUACAGGUCGACACCGACACCAUCACAACGACGCUCUCCAACCUAACACAAGAGGCAAUCACAGCCCAGGAAAAAAUCACCUUCGCCACUCAGAGCAGAGCAGACUUUACACAACCAGCGAAAGAAGCUGAGAGGGUCCAACACGCCGCUAACCUAGCCCUGAGGGAUGCUGAGAGAGCGAGGCAGGAACAGCAGAAGAGUAAGAGGGAAUAUGAAGAGUUGGCGACAGAGGUGAAAAUGGUUUUAAAGGCACUCAAAGAUUCUCAGGCAACCGCCGCUGCUCAGGUUUUGGCCAUCACCACUCAAGGUCAACCUCAAACAAGGAGCAGCAACAAAAGCACGAUUACCGAGUGCCGUUGUGUGGAGAUCCAGGAUCAGCGCCACAAGACUACAGAUGACUCUGCCACGCGGUCGUCUCACGAGCACAGAGUGACAAAAGCAGCCGAGGGGAGCACAGCCAACCAGGUGCCGGGAACAUCCUCUCCAACGAGCGCCAGAGCAAGCGUAGGAAGCAUUUCUUCAACGUCUACGGGUAGUGCAAGAGUCUCUGUUGCAAGUUCAACUGGAUCUUCCGGGGCGACAGUUGUACCGAAAUCUUCAGCAAGUCCCCAGGCAACCAGCACCGGAAAGACCACGGGAUACCAGUCUCUCUUCGCCAAGUCAUCAAGCAUCAUAUCAGGACUGACCAGCAGGCACUCCCUCACAAAAUCUGUCUCAUUUGCUGAUCAAAAGGAUAAAGAGAAGACAAACAGUGAAGGAGCGGACAUAAAAUCAGCGAGUUCAGACAAAAAUAAAAAGGGCGACAGCAGAGAGAAACAGGAUGACAAGCAUCACAGUACUCUAGAGAGAAAAGAGAAGAAGGACGCAAAACACCAGAAGGACAAGAAGCACAGCAGUACAGACACCAGCAGCAUGGAACGGAGAAGCAAAGAUAAAAAAGAUAAUACUGGGAGAAAAGAUACAAGUAGCAUAGACAGAAAGGACCGAAAGGGCAGACAUGAGCAAAAGGACAGGAAAGGCAGUCUACAGGAAGCGAAAGCCUCAGGAAACAUUAUUUCACAGAUAUCCCUGGAUGACAUUCCCAUGGCGGACGAAAACAGUCAAGAGUUACUGAAGGAGCCUGAAGGACCCCAAGCCCAAGUUUCGACGGUGUGUACAAAGUGCUCUUCUGCCGAGAUCUCCCUGAAGCCCGCCUUGAACUUCUCCUUGGGAAAGUCCUCUUCCUCACCGACUGUCUCCUACGGUGGCACCAACAAUCGCCCUCGGGCAUUACCAUUAAAACGAGAGCAUCAUCGUGUUGAGCAAUCGAUCUCAAAUGCCUCAUCGCCAGAGUCUCCCACAGCACCCAGCCCGUUUCCUCGUCCAUCCUCGGGACUUUCCCCAUUAGAAGAAUCGCCACCGAUCUCAGAGUCAUCUUCCGUCUCAUCUCUGCAUAGACCUGGGUCAACGCCUGGACCUUUGGCCCGUCAAGGUUCCAUGACCACAGUUCCAGAAAACAGUGAAGUUGCUGGUCCACCACCAACAAAACGUCCUGGAGUUUUCGCUAUUAGUCGACAAAACUCAACGCCAAAUAUUCCACUACAACGACAAAACUCGGGCCCAAUCUUUCCUUUACAGCGACAACACUCCCUGGGAGUUGUGCCCGAGGAAGGGCGACUGCCGCGUCAGGAUUCACUGAUGUCAGUGCCCGAGGAAAGGCCCAUAGUGGAUCAGACAUUGCCACUGUCUCCAGCACCGUCGAUGACACAGUUCCCUCUGUCACCUACUGCUUCCUCGACAACACUGUGUGAGGCCGCUCGACGGGCGGCGCGGGAAUCGAUGGAGCUGGUGACUGGGCCGGUACUGGCCGGGUCGUCGAUGCAGGAAGCUACAGCCACUGGGACGCUGCCUGUGCUCGACCUUACUGACGAAGACAUCGAACCCUCUGCCACCUCGACGCUUAAAAAGGAUCAGAAACCACCUACAGGCGUUGUCGGCAUUCUAGUGUGAUUCAAACAAUGAUUCAGGGUAUUAACGAAUUGUAUGUCAAGGUACAUGGGAGUGUCAUGUAUUUUCCCCCAAAAAAGAAAAUGGCCUCUUGAAGCAUAUUGUAAUUUUGAUGUAAGACUUUUCGCACUCAGAGAACGAAUAUUAUUUGUUAAGAAUGGUUGAAGCAUGUGUUAGAUAAACAAGUGUCAGGGCGCCUCUUGGAUUAUCUGUACUUAAACGCGAGAAUCCUCCCGAUAGUCCACUACGGGCUCACCAUAGCCCGUGCUACUUGGCACUUUGUUCCAGGUAGCGAAUCUUAAAUAACAAACAACCACCUGAUAUCUGGGUGUUUGUCGCUCUAAGAAAACAUGUAUAUUUCUAACGUUAACAAAAAUUCCAGUUUGAAUUUUUCUUAAAUUCAGGAGAUAAGAUUCCUGUGUAAGUCAAGACGCUUCUUUUGUUAUAUUCUUACAACCAAGUUCCUAUCGUAGUUCUUGUUGAUAAGAGAACAUAAUCAAGAUAACACAAUUGUCAGUAACAGAAGCCAAAAUGUGUUUUGUUCUUUAUUUAUUUGUCUUCCGUGCAUGAUUCAGUCUUCCAUGUAAAGCAGUGUUGUGAGGUACUAGGGGUAUUUAAGCGAAUACUUUAUAAAGAUCUGCAAUCAUU